CUCUCUCACAAGCUUUCUAUGGCUUGAGGGGGAUUCUGUUCCCAUUUUCUUACUUUUCUCUUUCUCUCUUGUUUCGCGGCGAGGGAGGAGGAAGUAGAGGAGUAGAAGAAAUAAAUUUCUCUCACUCUACGAAACUUCCUCUCUCUCUCUCUCAGCUUGACUUUUGAUCGAAGACAGAGCUUUCUUCUUUAUAAUCUUUCAGACAGUGCGCCCAUCCUCAAGAUCUCAAGACGGGAAACUAGAUUGGUACUGGGUAUGAAGCUGGUGGUCUGUAUUAUCUUGAUGUUAAACAGUCACCCACUCGAGCUCUUACAUCCUCCUUAUCAUUUGCUUAUGAAUGGCACUGUCGUAUUGGUCACCCCUCUUUGUCUCUUUUAAAGCAUCAGUGAGUUUUAUGGAUUUUGAACAUGGUGGUCAAUCUGUUGAUGGUUACUUGCCUAAUUUAAAUAAACUUCACCAAGUUAAUGAGCCUAUGAAUCCACUUGAAGAUGUUGAAGCAAAUGCAAUAGGAAGGAUGCUUCCUGACGAUGAAGACGAGCUUUUUGCUGGCAUAAUGGAUGAUUUUGACCUAAGUGGUCUGCCUAUUCAGCUGGAAGAUUUGGAAGAUGACCUUUUCAGCAGUGGAGGGAGCAUGGAAUUAGAUUUUGAGGCCCAAGAAGGCCUUAGCAUUGGUAUCUCAAAAUUAAGCAUUUCUGAUGGUAUCACUUCAAAUGGAAUUAGUCACUAUGCAGUUCCAAAUGGUGUGGGAACAGUGGCUGGGGAACAUCCCUAUGGGGAGCACCCAUCAAGGACAUUGUUUGUGAGGAAUAUCAAUAUCAAUGUUGAGGACUCUGAAUUAAGAGCUCUUUUUGAGCAAUAUGGGGAUAUCAGGACUUUAUACACUGCGUGCAAGCACAGAGGCUUUGUGAUGAUAUCUUACUAUGAUAUCCGAGAUGCUCGUACUGCUAUGCGUGCAUUACAGAAUAAGCCCCUGAGGCGAAGAAAACUUGACAUUCAUUUUUCAAUUCCAAAGGAUAACCCAUCAGAAAAGGAUAUCAACCAAGGAACUCUUGUUGUAUUCAAUUUGGAUCCAUCAGUAUCAAAUGAUGACCUUCGCCAAAUAUUUGGGGUGUAUGGGGAGGUCAAAGAGAUCAGGGAAACACCGCACAAGAGACAUCAUAAGUUCAUAGAAUUCUAUGAUGUUAGAGCUGCAGAGGCAGCUCUUAGAGCAUUAAAUAGGAGUGACAUUGCUGGGAAACGCAUAAAGCUUGAACCUAGCCGUCCUGGUGGAGCACGCCGAAGCUUGAUGCAGCAACUAAGUCAAGAGCUAGAGCUAGAUGAAGCUCGAGGCUUCCAAUAUCAUGUGGGUUCACCUGUCACCAACUCUCCUCCAGGUAACUGGCUGCAAUUUGGCAGUGCAGGUGAUCAUAAUCCUCUGCAUGCUUUUAGCAAGUCCCCUGGUCGAGGAAAUCUAAGCCCUUUAAGUAGCAACCAACUGCCUGGGUUAGCUUCAAUCCUUCCGCGUCAUCUAUCUAACUCUGCAAAAUUUGCACCAAUUGGUAAGGACACCGGAAGGGUGAACCAUAUAUUUCCUAACACUGGGCCAACGCAAGGAACAGCCUAUCAGCAUUCCCGUUCCUUUUCUGAGCAGAAAUUUAUUGCUAGUCCAGGAACCCUAUCUCCAUGUUCCGACAUAAAUCUGAAUUCACCUGGCAUUGGAACUUUAUCUGGUCCUCAGUUUCUCUGGGGAAGUCCUGGCCCUUACUCUGAGCAUAUCAAUUCUUCUGCGUGGCAAACAUCAUCUGUGGGGCACCCAUUUGCAUCCAGUGGACACGAUCAGGGUUUUCCAUAUACAGGUGAAAAAGAUUCUUUUCUUGGCUUACAUAACCACCAUCAUGUUGGAUCUGCUCCAUCUGUUGUUCCUCUUCAUAGGCAGUUUGGCUUCGUCCCAGAGUCACCAGACACAUCCUUCAUGAAUCCAGUUGCAUUUUCGAACAUGGAUUCAAGUCGCAACAAUGUUAUGAACAUUGGUGCUCGUGUAGGUCUUUCAGGAAAAGUAACUGAAAAUGGUUCGCCCAGUUUCAGAAUCAUGUCCCUGCCGAGGCAUGCUCCCAUGUUACUUGGCAAUGGUUCUUAUCCAGGACCCGGAGCAACCGCCUAUGAGGGACUAGGUGAAUGUGGCCCAAGUCGGCGAGUUGAGAAUAGUUGGAAUCAGAUAGAUAGCCACAAGCAGUACCAGCUUGAUUUGGAUAGAAUUAUCAGCGGGGAAGAUUUCAGGACUACCUUGAUGAUUAAAAACAUCCCUAACAAGUACACUUCGAAGAUGCUGCUGGCGGCUAUUGAUGAAAAUCACCAGGGUACUUAUGAUUUUAUUUACUUGCCAAUUGAUUUUAAGAAUAAGUGCAAUGUGGGUUAUGCCUUCAUCAAUAUGGUCUCUCCUUCCCACAUUAUCCCCUUCUAUGAGGCAUUUCAUGGAAAGAAGUGGGAGAAGUUUAAUAGUGAAAAAGUUUCUUCACUGGCAUAUGCGCGAAUCCAGGGCAAGCCUGCCCUUGUGACACACUUUCAGAAUUCAAGUCUAAUGACUGAAGAUAAACGAUGCUGGCCAAUUCUCUUCUACUCAGGGGGACAAGAGAUAAGUGAUCAGGAACCUUUCCUUUCUAGAAACUUGAACAUUUGUAUCCGUCCACCAGAUGGAUCUUACUCACGGGAUUCUUUGGAGAGCCCAAAGGGAAAUGUGGAAAAGAAGCCAGAGAAAGACUAACAAUGUAAGGAAAUCUUAUUCUCAGCCUUCAGAAAUGGAGUUGGGAGCUUCUAAGUGUUGCAUAGUCGUUAUUGGUCUGUAAAGGUGAAGAGGACAAAGUAACAUGUAUAUAACUGCUCAUACGAUUGCAUUGCCCCCUCUGGGGAUGGAUGCUUGAGAAAUAUCUCAUGAAGAAGUAUAGAAGGAAAAGAGACAGCAUUGUGUGUAUAUAAAGCUAAGGAUUGCUAAUUGACAAGGGGGGGAAGAAUAAAGUGAAGUAUUGCUGAAUUGUGAAGUUUAUCUGCAGCAAUAUGCAUCACUCGUCGGUUUGUGCAGGCUCUCCUUCCGGAUUUUCCUUUCCGUCUUACCUUUGGUUUUGUUUUUUUCCUGCCAUUUGAAAAUAUGAUUUACAUAUUCAUGGGUAGAUGUCUAUAGAAUAUGGGGCUGUUAAAAACUGUACAGAUAGGAGACGAACACAAUAUACUGUUCAUGCGUUGUACAGUGUUGACGAAAUGUGCCGUACGAAAAUGUGUAUCCGAUAAAAUAUAUGGUCGGUGCAUUUGUUAUUA